AACACCAUUGCCACCUUCUACUUCAAGCUUUUCAGUUCAAAUCUUCUCCUCUUUCUUCCUCACUGUUUGGCCUUCUUUCACUGUUUUCUGAUUAAAACUGGGUUUCCUUGAUUCUCUUCAUACAGUAUAGUAUAGUAUAGGCCGUCAAAUCAGGGAACUAAACGAAGGGUUAUCAGGGAUUGAAAAUGGAAAACAUAUCCAGCUUAAGGAACGAAGAUGAACAACUGGAGUUGCCACCGGGAUUUCGAUUCCACCCCACCGAUGAAGAGUUGAUAACUCACUACCUUUCCAAGAAAGUUGUCAACGCCUUAUACUCUUGCAUCGCCAUUGGUGAGGUCGAUUUGAACAAGUGCGAGCCUUGGGAUUUGCCUCGGAGAGCUAAAAUGGGCGAGAAAGAGUGGUAUUUUUUCUGCGUUCGGGACCGGAAAUACCCGACUGGUCUGAGAACGAACAGGGCAACCGAUGCCGGUUAUUGGAAAGCCACAGGCAAAGACAGAGAGAUUUUCAAAGGGAAAUCACUUCUUGGGAUGAAGAAAACUCUGGUUUUUUACAGAGGGAGAGCACCCAAAGGUGAAAAAACCAAUUGGGUCAUGCAUGAAUUCCGUUUAGAAGGCCAAUAUUCCAUUUACAAUCUCCCCAAAACAGCUCAGAACGAGUGGGUUAUUUGUAGAGUAUUCCAAAAGAGUCCCAAUGGUAAGAAAAUACAUAUUUCAGGCUUGCCUCCAUUGAUGGGUUCGUCACCGAGAACCGUCGCAGCCGGCGAGGCGUCAAACGUGACAUGCUUCUCCGAUCCGAUGGACGACGAUGAAUCACCGGAAGAAACGAUCGACACUUCCUUUCUACCUUGUUCUUCAUCAGCAAAUUCUCUCCAAAACUCUUCAUACACCAACACCCACCAAAUCAACCCGAACAUCGGAAACUUGCAGUACCCGGAUUAUUUCUGGGUUCAAGACCAGUCUCUAUUGAAGAUGUUAAUCCAAAGUCACGGAGGGGGCACGAAGCAGAAUCUGAAACCAGAGUUUUCCCAGGAUUCAGCGGCAUCGAAUUCGUACCCGGAAAUGAUUCAAGAUCCUUCAUGUUCUGCAGGACCGGUAGACCUCGGUUGCUUCUGGAAUUAUUGAAUUUGAAGAUUGAAAACAAAUCGAAGAGCUGUAAAUAGAUUGAAAGAACUUCAAGAUCCAACAAUAUCACUGUCGUAUAGAUUUAUGUGUGAA